AUGGCUUCAAUGACCACCAAGAUUGCUCAGCUCUUUGUCGGAACAGAAGCAGCAGAGCGAAACCAUCUGAAGCGACUUGAGAGAGAGCAAGCACAGUACGGUAAGAAUAACAAGCUCGUCAGUCGCGUGACCUUCGAAAAGUGUCCACCAGCUCCACCUUCUCGGUUCCGGUUCAGCAAGAUCACAGAUCCGCUUCCAUUGUGCCGCCGACCCAAGCCUUUCAUACAGCUAGAGCCCACUCCAGAGCCGGUGCCUCCAGUCGAGGAAAAUCCAAAGGCCCUGAUCGACAUACCACCGGAUGCCUCAGCGAUUGACAUGACCGAUGCAGAUGUUCGACGAGUAUGCAGCAGUUCGGCGCUACUAGAUACGGUAGCCUGGGCUGACAACAUGCCCGCGAUGCCUGAGUAUGAGGGACAUGGUCGCUACCGCCUCGCUCGCAAUGUGACGGAUGAACGACGUCUCGAGUGCUUCCGUAAGCAUAAUGCGUCGACCACUGAUUUCAUGCUCGAGCAAGUUCGCGAAUUGGAUAUCCCAGGUGUCAAGCCUGCGGUGUAUGACGCCUUCAUGGACGAGAAACGUCGCAAAGAAGAGGCCUUCAAGAAUCCCUACGACGGUACCAAGCAAGCCGAAUACAUCGAUACUCAGAACAUCGACUUCCGACGUGGUUCCCUGGUCACGAGAGGUUUCUCAUCUUCGACGUUGAGCAAUUCGUGCAGCUCCUCCGCCUUGUCGCGCCGUCGCAAGAGCUCCUCACAGUCAAGUGCGCCUGCUGAGAACAGCACCCGUGCCACAAGUCGCCAGUCCUCCAAUGGUCGAAUUGAUCUUCCCACUUCGCUUCACAAGAUUGAUGAGACUGUGGCUUCGGCCCACUUCACCCGUUCGAAGAUUGAGAAGCCCUGCGAGUUCAAUGCAAGUGGCGACCCGGACAACGCAGUAGCUUCUGACGACGACGACGACGAUGAGUGGUCUGACGCGCCGUCUAUUCCGGCUAUCCACGCAAGUGCUUUGUCUGAGUCCUUGAGGCACGCACAGAAGCGCCCUGCGGGCUCGAACACUGCACUGAACCGCCCUGCAGUCAAAGACGUGGUGCAGAACAACCCACGGCCUCGUCAGUCCAGCCGACCCGUCUAUCAUCGUCAGCACUCGCGAGACCACAUCCGCACAGACACCAAGGACAUCCGUACGGGCACCAAGGACUGGUAUCCGCAGAACAAGGUCCUUGACGACCCCGUGAACGACCCAUCGAGGGUUCACAACCAUUUCGUUCCGCUCAACAACGUCCUUGAUGGUCCCGCAUGGCAGCCUUCGGAAGUCCUCAACCAUGUUAGGCAGGUCCGAUUCUUGGAUAAUCCCAUGGCUCCUCAUUCGAGAGUUCAUAACCGUGCAGGAACCGAAGACCGCGAAUGGUACAUGCAGCGGGUGGUUGAGAAUGAUCCACACCCCAUAAAGGCGCAGGAGCAUCUGCAACCUUACGAGAACAAGUCCUUCUCAACUUGUGCACCAAAUGCGAAGAGCUGGCAGUCUAUGAAAUCGAAGGCUGCUUCGCACAUGGAACAGCAUAUGGGUCGAACAGUUGCCGCCAGUAGUGGAGCUAGUAAUGCUGCGAAGGCGAACAAGCAGCAACCAGAGGAUGAUUGGUAUGAUUCAGACUCUGACGUCCCUCUGGAGCUGCUGGUCGAGCCGCCACCAAAGCCUCAGCCUCGUACUCGUGGUGCUAAAGUGGUUCGUUUCUCGACAGUCGCUAAGGCGCCCGACACGCGUGCUCGAGGUCGAGCGAGGGCCACGACUGCGGUUCGUGAUGCUGAAUCGAAGGCUGAUUCAACCGUCGUUGCAGCGCCAGAGAAACUUGUUGGUGGCCGAGCCAGAUCCACGACUGUGAUCCAUCGCCCGAUUGUUCCGCCUGUCGUUGAGAUGACGAAGGAUGGUGCUGCUGCAGCGUAG